AUUUCCUCUCUGAGCCCGCCCCGGGCAGUCAGCCCCGCGCAGCCAGCCCGUGCAGAGGUGCAGAGAGAGGUCCGUCCGCGGGCGCGAGCGUGAGCGCGGAAGAGUGGUGGUUCCCCGAGACAGGAGAGAUGGCUUUCUUCAGCUCCCAAGCUCCCUAUGUGAACCCGCCCAUCCCCUUUUCUGGAAUAAUUCAAGGAGGACUACAGGAGGGACUUCAGAUCACCAUCCAGGGGACCAUCCACGCCUUUGCAAAUAAGAUUGCUGUGAACUUUCAGACCGGCUUCAGUGAGAAUGACAUUGCCUUCCACUUCAACCCCCGGUUUGAAGAUGGAGGGUAUGUGGUCUGUAACACGAAGCAGAAAGGACAGUGGGGGCCCGAGGAGAGGAAGAUGCAGAUGCCCUUCAAGAAGGGGAUGCCCUUUGAACUUUGCUUCCUGGUGCAGAGGUCAGACUUCAAGGUGAUGGUGAACAAGAACUUCUUCACGCAGUACCCACACCGCGUCCCCUACCACCUCGUGGACACCAUUGCCGUCUCUGGCUCCUUGAACUUGUCCUUCAUCACCUUCCAGAACUCAGCAGCCCCUGUCCAGUCUGUCUUCUCCACGGUGCAAUUCUCUCAUCCGGGCCAGUUCUCACAGAACCCCCGGGUCCGCAAACCGAAACCUCAGGGCAUCCGGCCUGCCCACCAGGCACCCGUGGCUCAAACCGUCAUCCACACAAUUCACAGUGCCUUUGGACAACCAUUUCCUACUUCCGGAAUCCAGCCUGUGGUGUACCCCUCCUCGGCUUAUCCCGUACCUUUCUUCACCUCCAUUCCAAGUGGGCUCUACCCAUCCAAGACCAUCCUCAUAGCAGGCAUGGUCCUGCCCAAUGCUAAGAGGUUUCACAUCAACCUUCGCUCUGGGAUGGACGUUGCUUUUCACCUGAAUCCACGUUUGGAUGAGAAGGUGGUGGUCCGAAACACCCAGAUCAACAGCUCCUGGGGGCCAGAGGAGCGAAAUCUGCCUGGGAAAAUGCCCUUCAAUCGUGGCCAGAGCUUCUCGGUGUGGAUCCUGUGUGAAGGUCACUGCUUCAAGGUUGCCGUGGACGGGGUGCACCUGUGUGAAUACUUCCACCGUCUGAAGCAUUUGCCGGCCAUCAACAGCCUAGAAGUGGCAGGCGAUGUCCAACUGACCCACGUGCAGACAUAGGCAAAGGCCUAGAAAUGAGGACUGGGGCACCCUGUCAUGUUUUGUUACCUCUUCUCUGCCUUGGCCCUGGCUCCCCAGAACCCGCCAUCAGAAGAUCACCUCACGGACAGGAGUUUCGGAAGGGGAAACUCCCAGUUCACUUCGCUCUAUGCGCUCUACGAAGUGGGUGUCCUGGCUAUGUGGCACAUGGCUUUCAGCCCACAGUCUCAUGGUUCUCCAAGUAGUUAUACACUGAGGGAAGUGACCCCUUGGGUCUGCCCCUUCCUCUGAUCUUCAACCUCUCUGGCCCCUUUGUCCCUUCUUCUCAUCACUCCACCGCGGGAAGGCCACCUGGUGUCAUCCCACUGCCUCCGACUGACCAGAUUGUCCUCAUCAGUUCUUCCCCAUGCUUGCCCAGUGUCCAUACAAUAAAUCAUGCUUCUUCUCA